AUUGUCCCAAAAGAACUGGUUCAUUUUACUAUAGCCUUUAGAAAUUUGAAGAAUUUUCUUUGAAGUUCUCAUGUCUGUGCCUUCCUUUUUGUUGCUGAUCCAUGAAUGACUCAUCCAACUAAAGUUAAAGGUUCACCUACCAUGUUCUUCCCUUUAAAUACACUUGCAUUCUUCAAGGUUUGAUCAACCUCUGAGAGUACUACCUCUUCAAUCUCUGAAAGGGAGAAAACAUUGGCAACCACUAGUUGCAGUUUGAGAUAUGAAGAACCAACUUGCAGGACAGAUCAUUGGAAUCCCAGUUAGCCGCCAAAAUGAGAAUCCCUCUUCCUCAAAUACAUCUCUGGCAUUAACUCAUAGCAAGAUUCUCUCUCUAUCAAGCAUACUCAGCCACUCUUUUCUACUUUGCAUAUCAGCUACGGUCCUAGAGAACUUCAAUGGAAGUCCUUUUGCUAAUGGGGUUGUCUUAAAAAAUGCAGGUAAGGUGGACAGAAAGAAGAAAAUGAACAGACAUGAGAAAAAGGACUAUAAUUUUGUACAGGGAAUCAGAGAGCAUGUGAGAUUAGGGCCUAAGAUCUCUGAAACUGUGAAAGGGAAGUUGAGCUUGGGGGCUAGAAUUCUUCAACUAGGGGGAGUGAAGAGAGUUUUCAAGCAAAUUUUUGGAGUUCGAGAAGGAGAGAAGCUAUUGAAGGCUUCUCAAUGCUAUUUAUCAACAACAGCAGGCCCUCUAGCUGGCCUCCUCUUUAUCUCUACUCAAAGGGUUGCCUUUUGCAGUGAGAGAUCAAUCAAAUUCUCUUCUCCAAAUGGUGAAUUGGUUAGAUUCCAUUACAAGGUCUCAAUCCCACUGAGAAAGGUAAAGAGAGUAGACCCAAGUGAGAAUGUGAAAAACCCAUCUCAGAAGUACAUGGAAAUAGUCACUGUGGAUAAUUUUGACUUCUGGUUUAUGGGAUUCUUGAAUUACCAGAAAUCUUUCAACUGUCUCCAACAGGCACUGUCUCAAUCUUGAAUGAGUUACAAACCAAACCAGAAGUGAUUCAAGUAGAAAUGGUUUUCCUCUCUGCUUCAUUAGGUGUAUCUACAUGCAGCAAAAACAAAGCUUCUGCACAGCCCAAAACUCUGUAUAAAGUAUUUAUUAAUGAAAUUUGAUCUCCAAUUCUUCAA